AGGGGCUUGACUGGCCCUUACUGCGGGAGGGAGUGUCACAGGAGCAGGAGGCCCAUGAACAGUGACUAGGGGUGGGGGCUUUCACUACUGUUUUGGAGUAUGGGGAUGAUCUUCCUCUGCAGGGCACCCAUAGUCACUGUGUUUGUGAAUGCAGUAUCUAGCCACCAGAGGGCGAUAAACACAGUGCACUGUCCUCCAAGCCUAGCAGAGUAGUUCUGGUCUCCUGGGAGGAUGGUAGCUAUGCCCUGUCCCCCUGGGGAGUGGCUGCUGGACCCUUCUGAAGGACAGCAGUUGGUCCUGAACGCUGUGUUACUCACCAGGAUGAAGGUGCUGAGGAGUGGCGUGAGGGCUGUCUGCACAGGGAAGGUAAUAUUGGUGUAAGUGACAGUGUAUGUAAACUGCUAGUUCUCCCCAUGUAACCCCCACAUGGACACACUCAUAUUCCAGCACCAGAGAGUUACCCUGGUAUGUCUAAGUUGGUUAAAUACACUGGUUCAAUCAUACCAGUAACUGGUAAAGACUGUCCUGUGUGGACAAGCCCUAAUUCCUGCCCAGCUGGUGAGACUGUGAGCUUGCCAGCUCUCCCUUACCGUGUAUCACCAGGGUGGCGGUGAGAGUUUCAGCCCAGCAGACCACCCCCCCACCCCCCCCAAUACCACACUGGCACCUUAGGUCCUGGUGUUGCUCUCUGGUUCCAUGGGCUUUGUCUCCUCUAGGUCAGCGGUCUCCCCAGCACAUGAGCUGCAAGUACUGCCUCAUGCAGUGCCAUCCAUGCUGAGGCACAUGCUGUGUGAUGCAUUACCGGAUGGGAGGCAUCACAGUGUGUUCACAGGAGGUCCAGACAUGCCUUGUGCUGGUGCUGGCAUGCUUAGUACUUUCUGAUUGACCUACCCACCAUUGCGGAGGGGGUGCUCUACACACACCUUUCCUGCACUCUGGGGCAGGUGUAGAGGUAGCACCCUGCAUGCAUUAAGUAGUACUCUGUCCCCAGUUCCAGUCAACCAAGGUGGAUUAGCAAACUAGGGACACCAGGUAGUGUGUGCUCUGAGCCCUGACACUGCAGCACGGGGGCUCUUUACCUUCUGUGGGUCUCAGAAGAGCUUGCAGCGAGGCAGGGGGAAGCCCAGGAGAGGGGUGCCACUACUUGGACACAGUGCUUUCUGUGAUGAUUUGUUCAGUUACACCCUUGUUUUCAGAAUGCAGAAGUGCGGUCGCUGGGGUUACUGUGAAUUGGAGAGGUUCUGCUGGGGGUUUUUGUCCCUGAUGCCCUCCAUACUAAAUCUUCCUUGCAGCCUCCUUAUCGAGAUGUUUCCUGGCCUGGGCUGUACCAGCACAUCCGUGGCUGUAUGGGGUUUGAAAAGUCCCAGAUUCAGCUCAUUGUGUGUGCUGUCAAUUUCUCUGAAAUAAGCUGGUGAGUCCCAGUAUGUGAGCACUACUUUCCACUCCAAAUAAACCACCUUCCAUGGCCAGUCACUGCAUGCUCUGUCCCCUUCCAAUAGCCCCAGCUAGACGGACCAUGUCCAUGGUGGCAGGGCCACAGAGGGGUCCUCAGGGCUGGAGAGGAGCAGGGGAAAUGAGCUGCUCUGGAUUCUCUGGCUGGUUGUUGUAUUUCUGCUCUGGACAGUCAAGAAGUAAAAACAGAAGUCUUCAGUCGGGUCACUUCUGAAAUGUGGGCCUCCCCUGUGCCUGAGGUGGGCGUGUGAAGAUGAUGUCCUCAGAGGGGUGUGCUCUGAGUCACCACAAAGCUCUUAGCUUCUUAGGUAGGAGACAUGCUAAAAAUGCAAAAUAGGAGCACCUGAGAUCUGACAUGGGAAACUGACUAGAUCCAUUGUCCAAGAGACGUGCAGAGUGGAAACAAAUCGUAUCAAUAGCAAAAAGGACACAGUAUCUAUAAUGUCUCUAGUAAUCUCAGGUGUGACUAGUAACCUGGCUAAUUCAUGGGGUCCAAAGCCAGAAGGUACCAUUAUGACCAUCUAGUCUGACCUGUAUAAGACAGGCCACAAGCCUUUGCAGAAUUAAUUGCUAGUUGCAUUAGAGCAUAACUUAAAAGAAAAAUCCACUCCAUCUAAAAAUAGCCAGUGCUGGAGAAUCCACUGUGACUGCUGGUAAAUUUGUUCCGAUGGUUAAUUCCCCUCGCUGUUAAACAUUUACACUUAUUUCCAGUCUGAAUUUGUCUAGCAUCAGCUUCCACCCCCUGGAUGGUGUCAGACCUUUCUCUGCUAGACUGACUUAUAGAGUGAGCAGCGUCCCAGCUGUUGGCCGAUUACCCAAACCUGAACCAUGCCCCUUCGCAGAGCUGCCUGGUGGUAGCUGAACUGCUGUCAGUUUAGGGUAUUGCCAAGUAAACUGCAGUUAAAGGAGGUUUGGAUUCCAUGGUGAAAACCUCCAUCCUUGCCAACCUGAUCACUAGUGAUGCGGCCAGGUAAGUAGCAGAGGCUAAGGCCUGGGUGUGGGUGAUUUUCCAUUUCCUCCUUCCGUAGAAGCUGUGGGGUGUGUGCACUCUCCCCUGGGGACGCAGUUACUAAACACCUGUUUAUAGUAACCAUUGUGAGCAUCAGGCUGGAAAAUAUCCCCACGGUGCGACUCACUCACUCAAUAGCAGCCGAUGCUGGAGCUCCAGGCAGGUGAGUGACUUCCAAGCAUAGGACUUUUCCACUCAGUGCGUUGCCUCUUAAGUUUUCUCUCCAGCUCCUGCAUGCCUGCGAGGCUCACUAACCUCGUGAGGUCUGUAAUCCUCUGGCACAGGCUAGGUUAUGCUGACAGGCCAUAGCUAUCUAAUGCCCAGCCUCUCCAGUAACGAUGGCUUUCUCUAGGAGCUAUGGCCUCACUGCAGGAAUCUCGGUGAGAUUGCCUUGCCUGUGCUGUGCAGGAGGCUAGAUUAGAUCAUCAUCAUGAUCCCUUCACACCUUAAUGCCUGUGCAUUAUACAGAGCCCCACUGUGUUCUGGGGAGUCCCCAGUCUAUCCUGGGGCAGGGGGGCUGUCACUGGAAUGGCCCAGCCUCUCUCGUUGCCUUGUCCAGCUGUGAGCGGUAGGAAGGGAAACGCCCAGAGGCGGUGUGACUGCCAUGGUGUGUGAGGAGUGGGAGCGCUGAGCAUGUUGCUCCCGCAGCCCACUAAAGCGAGAUCAGGGUGUGUCUGUUCCCAGCGUGUGAGCACGGGCCAGAGCUACAUGGUUGUGAACUGCCUGGCUGUGAGCACGUCAAUCUCUGCCCCUUGGUGCUGUGUUAACAAGAAGGGUGAGAGAGGGGGUGACUGGUGUAAAUAGCAAAUCCAGCGCUCUGCAUGCCACACGGCGCAGCACUCCCCAUCCCACCCCAAGGUUUAGGAGCCGGCUUAUGGAGCAGCUAGUGGUGGGUCAGUGAGGGACUCAGCCCCGUAACCAGCCUCCUGGACUGAGCUGUGUGUAUAGGAGGGGCCAUGUGUGGAAAGGGGGAGAAAAGGAAAAUCUGUGGAUCAUCUGAGAGCUGGGCUGAGAGAAACCCCAAAGCCAAGGAAACAAAUUACAUAGGCUGGGGGCAGAGACUCCCACUUCAUCACCUCUGCCUCCUCCUGCCCAGGCUGGCGGCCAUGGAGAUCAGCUGGGACAGCAGCCUCCACAGCUGGGCCGGGCCUGCCCCGGCUGUGAUCCAAGCCACCACGUACUCCAAGGCAGCGCGGCAGGCUGAGGAAACCAGGGAGGAGCUGGAAAAGAUCCGGGCGCGGAUUGACCUUAUGAUGCAGGCCUAUGAGCGCAAUGAGCAGGUCUCCUCUGCCCAGCAAGCAGCCACGGAGAUUGUGGAGGAUGUGGAGCAGCUGGCAGCCGUCUUGGGGGACCCUGUGAAGAAGAGGAGGUACCAGCAGCAAGUGACUGUCUUCAUCGUGGGGUACCAGGAGUCCUGUGGGCAGCGCAACAGCCUCCUGAGCCAGCUGCAAGAGUUCUUCAGCUGCUCUGCGGAGCUCGGGCUGGCGGAGGAGAGCCACAGCCUGCCCGACGACUUCCCCGUGCACAUGGACGACGUGGCUGGCACGGUGACAGCGGCUCUGAGUUCGGCCGAGGCAGCCAUGUCCCGCCUGGCGGAUCUGAGCAAGGACAUUGUCAGCUACAUGACCAGCGCCCUGGCCACCCACAGCCCGAAAAGGAGCCACAGGAAGCAAGUGGAGAAGGCUUUAGACAAGGCUAAGGAAGAGGUGGUCCAGAUCAAACACAGGCUCCUGCAGGCUCAAGCAGACGUGGAGACCAAGGAACGACAGCUGAAGGACCUGCAGCAGCUGAGCGAGAUGAAGGCAAAGGAGAGCCGGCUCUCCCGAGCCCAGCUGGAGAGCACCCAGAGACGCUUGCAAAGCCUGGAGCAGGAGAGUGGGGCUCAGCGGGCCUGCCUGGAAGCCGAGCUGAGGAGCCGGGACUUGCACAUCGCAGAGCUGGACGGGUUCCUGCAGGAGAAGGCGUGGCCGCGGAGGGACGUGGCCACCCAGCACUCGGAUCAGCCGCAGCCCAUUGGUGGUCCCUUGGCACACUCAGCUGUCCUGGGGCCAGGGGCACUGGCUGGGCCAGCCAGAGGGCCCAGGGAAGCUGGAAAGGAAGAGGAAGAUGCUGAAGAGGAUUCAGCCACACAUCCUGCAGGGGGUGAGAGGAGCCCCAGGCGGGGUGCUGCAGCCGGGAAUGGAGAGGUGCAGACCCCCGAGGCCUCGGCUACAUGUGAGGUGGGUGUCCUGCUGUCGGGGGGGAGGGGAGAGGAGGUCAGCCUUCGGGGACCACUCAGGAUGGCUCUUUCUUUUCCUUCUCACUCCUGAUUUCCUGAGGAUUGGGCCUGGGCCUGCACUGCCAUGAGAGCGAACCGGCACCUGGUCGGGGGCUGGCACCUCCUCAGAAUGGAGAUGG